AUGUAUAACGGAAUAGGUUUGCAAACCACCCGAGGUUCGGGAACAAAUGGUUAUGUUCAAAAGAACUGCGCCGUCGUUCGUAAACACAAGAGACAGUCGAAUGAAAACCAGCCUGUCCGUGGAGAUUUCGCUAACAAGGUUCCCAAUGGAGAUAUUUUGUUACAUGCAAAAAAGAGAGACAUCGAGGUCAAAAUUCUGGAGCAUCGAGAAGCUUUGGAAGAACAGGGACUUAAAGAAGAAGAGAUCGAAGAGGAGGUAGCGAGGUACAGAGCCACUUUGCAGCUGUGUUAUGAAAACGAGCAGCGUAAGCUAAAAGCCGACAACUUUUCUUUCAACAACUUGAAACAGGAAACGCAUCACCUGGCCGAAGCAAAUCAACUGAAAAACUCGAAAUUGCGUGAAGCUUUUGGAAUAUCAGAGUAUUUUCAAGAUGGCACGAGUUUUGAUCCAGAGAGGCGUGAACGCGAAGCUCAGUUGAAAAAAGAAGUUGAGAAAAAGUCAUAUCAAUGGCUUAAAACUCCUUCACCUGAAAAAGAUGAUAAAACUGCGGCUGACAGCGACAUUGUCUGGAGAAAAGAAUCCGAUGAUAAACAAAAUGAAAAUGACCAAAAAGAUAAAAAAGAAGACCAUAGAGAAGACAAAAAACGAAGCAAAAAAUUGAAAAAGAAAUCAAAACAUAUUGACACCUCUUCAAGUAGCAGUGACAGUGAUGACGAUUCAGAGUCAAGCAGUGAUAAAUACGAAAGCAAAAAAAAAGACUCAAAGAGAAAGCGUAAAAAUUCAUCAAAAAAUGUUAAAAAUAAGCGGCGAAAGGUCAAUGUUGAAAGUGAUUCAUCUGAUUCCAGUGAUAGUGAAACUAAAAGUUCAAAGAAAAAAGCAGUAUUGUCAAAAUCACACAAGUAUCAUAAAGAUGAAAAAUCAUUUGACAUUGAACCAUUACAUUCCUCCAGAAAAGAAGAACCGGAUGUUUGUAGUCAAGAACACCAAAUAAUUGAUGAUAGAGACUCGAAAAAAGCCAAGACAAACUAUGAAUCUGAAGACAGCUUACCCGAAGAAAUUGUUAAGGAAAUAAAGAAGUAUAAAUUAAAGUAUGCUGGACACGUCAAGGAUAGUUGGAUUAUCAAAGAAAAUAAUGUUGCUAAAAGAAUAUGA